CACUUUUCACUUUUCACUUUUCACUUUAUUUCGUCUUAUCCUAUCUUAUAUAUCUAUUUGGCGCGUACAUUAUGAAUACACCUCCAAAGCGAGAGCUAACGAGGGCGUUUUUUCCUCAUGCAAAGACGACCCUCGACUUAGUCUGGGACUACAUAAAAGAACAGUUUGCCUGGCCUGACGUUUUGCGAUGGAAGGGAUCGGUCCUUGUCCCGACAUUACCUGGUGUGUUUGGCAUGACCUGUUUUGCUUGUGUCAUAUGUAUCUGCCACAUCCAACUCAACUUCUUUAUCAAUAUUCCUGUCUCUGUUUUGGGAACGGUCUCUGUCGCACUUGGUUUGCUUUUGGCUUUCCGUGUGAAUACCGCGUACGAUCGUUAUUGGGAAGGGCGUAAAUUGGUUCAAACAGUUAUUGCUACCAUCCGCAAUCUGACCAGACAGGUCUGGAUAAAUAUCCCCGAAGAGACGGAUCAGGACCAUCGCGAGAAAAUGCGCUGCAUCAAACUAAUCUUGGCGUUCAUGGUAGCAACAAAGCAUCAUCUCAGACACGAAUAUGGAAUUGAUUACUAUGAUUUGGAAGUACUCCUGCCUCCCGAUUGGGUUCCAUGCAGUGUAAAUCACUCUGAGGACUUAAACCAACCUGUAAAAAAAACUGUCAAAGAUCUCAACCUUACACCAUUUGCCCAGCGCGCCCUUGCCAAGGCUAGUGCUCUUCCUUUCGUUAUCUCACUUCAUAACAGCGUCAAGCCUCCAAACCACGAUGAACCCAUGGAAGCCGAUGACCCUAUCGAUAUCAUGAACGCCCGUCGCAGCGAACUUACUGACCGGUUCCCUGAGGCUGGACUUGCCGAUGUUUCAUGUGCAGAUCUCAAAUUGGCCGCGUCUGGCAGAGGUCGCCAGCUGACUAUGCAACAACAGGACUUUAACCGUUCAGGAAGAUUAAUAAUGAAUGGAGACGAAGAAGCUCAACUGGAAGGAAGGUCCGAUGAGGACGACACACCUCAUCAUGAUAAUGCAGUCGUACCAGAUUCUGAUCAGGCCACCGUAAGAGUACGCUCUUCGGAUGAGGACGUUCACACUACCCGCCACAAGCAUCAUUUUAGCAACCUUAGACGCCGUCUCAAGCCAAAGAGGGCCUUCUCUGGCCCUGAAGAUUUGCCUUAUCACGGUGAUUCUGAUAUCUCCUUGCCCAUCGAAAUUCUAUUCAAGAUUGCACUUUAUAUCAACCAGGCUAAGGCGGCCGAAAAGAUUGAGUCUAGUUUUGUAGCCGUUACUACUUCUUCACUCGAUACCCUCACAAAUUCACUUACUGCAUUCGAACGCAUUGUUCAUACCCCUAUACCAAAGGCUUACAAUAUUCAUUUGAAACAAGGUGUCCUUCUUUAUAUCUUCUUCCUUCCUUUUGCAUUGGUCGAAACCAUCGGCUGGCUUACCGCUCCAAUUGUCGCACUUGUAUCUUUUACGCUAUUCGGUAUUGAGGCCAUUGGUGCUGAAAUUGAAAAUCCAUUUGGUUACGAUGAGAACGACUUGCCGUUGAACCGUUAUUGUGACGACCUGAAGAAGGAGGUCGAAUAUAUCAUCUACCAUAUUCCCAGUAAAUCUAGUAGUAUUCUGCUUGAUGGCCGGUAAACCAACCAGCUUUAUAUUAAAAAGAAAGAAUCCCCCACCCUAAAAAAAUAAUACAAAAAUUAUUAAAAUAUAAAUAAAUAAAUAUAAAAAAACAAACAAACAAGAGUAAGAAGAAUAGACUUUUAUGCUCUCAU